CUCCUGCAAUCGCGGUCUACGCACUACUUCCCCCACCCCACCCCCUGCGCGUUUUGUUCCCAGCAACACAGAUGCGUGAGCUAACUCGUGUGACAGCCACAUUCCAGCCCUCUACACCCUACACCCCGCCUUCCCCCGUACAGGCCUUGGGCCUUGGCGCCAGUAACUCCUGAAUACACCUGGCACUGGCAUGUGACCUUGGGCACACCUGGUUCCCAGAGCUGCUGUGAGGACUGUGUUGGAAGCUGGUUUAGUCAAAGCCAGCCAGGGUUCAGGAAGGAGCUGUUUUCAUUCCUGUUGGUUGCCUCACGCAACACAGCUGUACCAGCAUGUACCAGAGAAACGCUGGCCCAUCGUGUACUCUCCACGUUACAACAUCACCUUCAUGGGCCUAGAGAAGCUGCACCCCUUUGAUGCUGGGAAAUGGGGCAAGGUGAUCAACUUCCUGAAAGAAGAGAAGCUGCUGUCUGAUGGCAUGCUGGUGGAGGCGAGGGAGGCCUCGGAGGAGGACCUGCUGGUGGUGCACACAAGGCGCUAUCUCAACGAGCUGAAGUGGUCCUUUGUGGUGGCUACCAUCACUGAGAUCCCCCCUGUCAUCUUUCUCCCCAACUUCCUUGUGCAGAGGAAGGUGUUGAGGCCCCUGCGGACCCAGACUGGAGGCACCAUCAUGGCGGGGAAGCUGGCUGUGGAACGAGGCUGGGCCAUCAAUGUUGGUGGUGGCUUCCACCACUGCUCCAGUGACCGUGGUGGGGGCUUCUGUGCCUAUGCAGACAUCACACUGGCUAUCAAGUUCCUGUUUGAACGUGUGGAAGGCAUUUCCAGAGCUACCAUCAUUGAUCUGGAUGCCCACCAGGGCAAUGGGCACGAGCGAGACUUCAUGGGCGACAAGCGUGUAUAUAUCAUGGAUGUUUACAACCGCCACAUCUACCCCGGGGAUCGCUUUGCUAAAGAGGCCAUCAGGCGGAAGGUGGAGUUGGAGUGGGGCACAGAAGAUGAGGAGUAUCUGGAGAAGGUGGAGAGGAAUGUGAGGAGGUCCCUCCAGGAGCACCUGCCUGAUGUUGUGGUGUACAACGCCGGCACAGACGUCCUGGAGGGAGACCGCCUUGGCGGGCUGUCCAUCAGCCCAGCGGGCAUUGUGAAGAGGGAUGAAGUGGUUUUCCGGGUGGUCCGAGCCCAUGAUAUACCCAUCCUCAUGGUGACCUCGGGUGGGUACCAGAAGCGCACAGCCCGCAUUAUCGCCGACUCCAUCCUCAAUUUGCAUGACCUGGGGCUCAUUGGGCCUGAGUUUCCCUAUGUCCCGGCACGGAACUCAAGCAUCCCCCUGCUUUCCCGUGCUGUGCCUUGACGGCUACUCACAGAACAUUAUCAUACCUGCCCCCCCACCCCAUCCACCCGCCCACCCGCCUGUGUUUGUUGCUGUCAAGACAGCUGCCAGUGAGCAUGGAGGGGCAGGAAGAGCAGGAGCCAGCCUUGCUGGCCAUUCCUCCACUCCCCACCAGGUGCCCAAGGGUCUCUGGGCCUUGGGGUGGAAGAGCUGAGUCCCGGGGAGGAGCCCACUGGGAUGCAAGCAGGUCAUCAGGAGUCAGGGAAGACAGCUUAGCUGCAGCCACAGGGAGGACCUCUGGGAUGGGGUGCCUGCUGUCCAGAUCAGCCAGAAGAAGGGCCCUCCCUGACCCAGUUGGCUUACUUCCUCCCUUCAGUCUGGAGAGGGUCCCCUCCUGGAUGAUGGUGCCCAUAGGUCUGAGGAAAGUUUCCAUAGCCAGCCUCCAGGGGGCACUGGGUUCUCAGCUAACAGGUAAUAGUCUCUGAUAGAGAUUUGGAGGUCUGAAGAAGGAAGCUAGGAUUUUCCAGUUUGGGUUCCCUCAAUAGAUCAAGCCCCCCUAUGUUGAUGGGGUGGGACAUUGAGAAUGCCCAAGGCCCCCAACUUUGGCAGUAAUCUCCUCUGUUCAGCAUGGAAACAAGUUUGGGAUGAGUGUUUAGCUCAGGAGUGACUCUCCAAGCUGGAGUUUAUAAUGGGCUGCUCACCAGGAUGGAGAGAAGGUGAGGCCUAGCAGACAGGAAUGAGAUGGAGACUGGCAGCCAAGCUAGCCCUAGGUAGGGCUUGCUGGAGGGAGGGCAGCCAAGGUAACAUUUAGGUACAGUGGCCAUGCAGACCUUGGGUGAGCUGCAGUCUCCAGUGGCCUCACCCAAAGUGCCCAAUUUUCAUCUCUGGGGCCCCAAGGUCUACCUGCCCUCCGGCCAUUCUACCCUGAAGGGACAGCCAGGGCCCUCCAUGAUGUAGGCAGGAAAGCACCCACCCCUAGCCAGUGAUUGGCAGCAUAACCAAAGGCACAGGGGGUAAGAGGAUGUGGGCCAGCUGGGCUUCCUCCUGCCCUGGAUCUGCCCCAACUACAGGACUCAUAUUCAUUACCAUGUGGGUAUUCCCACAGCCUUCAUGGCGUCCUUCAUGCUCCCUCUGCUGGAGUUGGGAGGAUGCCAAAGUCACCAGUUGUCUAAACCACUGACCUAGACCAAACCCCACAGUACUAAUGCAGCUCCACACCCCUCUGCCAUGACCUCUCUGCAUCUGACUGGAGGUUCCUCCCAGGACACUGGGGAGUGGUGACAGCAGUCUGUUACUGUGGAGUUUCUCUCUGAGUACCAUACAGGCUCCAGGUUGUUGCUGUGUGUUCUGAGGUAGACAGACCUGCCUCCUGAGGACCACUGGAAAUAAAGAUUCAAAAUUCACCAAUCCAGACACCGAA